AUGGGAGAAAAGGAUCUUAAUUUGAUUGAAAAAAAUAACCUUGAUGAAGAGACGAACAAUUUAAAAAGUGAAAAUUCAAAAUAUAUGGAAAACCAUCCAGAGUUGAAAGAUCUACUAAAUGAUUUCAUGUCUUCUGUUUUGUUACAUACACCGGAAGAUAUUUUUAAGUACGCAAAUGAGUAUUUUUCUUACUUUAAAAAAAAGUAA